AUGGCAUUCAAAUUCGUUACCUUGUUCGCUGCUCUCGUAGCUGUUGCCAGCGCCGGUGUUCUGCCAGCAGCUGCUCCAUUGGCCGCCGUUGCCAAAGUUGAGGAAUACGAUCCCCAUCCCCAAUACUCUUAUGGUUAUGAUGUUAAGGAUGCCCUCACCGGUGACUCCAAGACAGCCGUUGAGACCCGUGAUGGUGGUUUCGUCCAAGGUCAAUACUCUUUGAAUGACGCUGAUGGUUACAGACGCAUUGUCGACUACACCUCUGACCCCGUCAACGGUUUCAACGCUGUUGUUCGUCGUGAACCUUUGGUAGCUGCCGUUGCUGCUGCCCCCGUUGUUAAGGCUGCCGUAGCUGCUCCCGUUGUUGCUGCCCCUGCUCCAGUUGUUAAGGCCGCAGUUGCUGCUCCCUUCACCUAUGCCGCUGCUGCUCCAGUAGUGAAGGCUGCCUACUCUACUGCUCCAGUCGCCUAUGCCGCCCCCGCUGCUUAUGCUGCCGCUCCUGUUGUUAAGGCCGCCGUUGCUGCUCCCUUCACCUACGCCGCUGCCGCCCCUGUCGUUAAGGCUGCCUACACUGCCGCUCCAUUCGCCUAUGCCGCCCCAGCUGCUUAUGCUGCUUCCCCCGUCGUCAAGGCUGUUGCCCCAGCUACUUUCGGCUAUGCUGCCCCAGCUGCCUAUGCCGCUGCCCCCGUUGUUAAGGCUGCCGUUCCUGCUCCCGUUGUUGCUGGCCCAGCUGUUGUAAAGACUAGCUUCGCAUCUCCCCUUAUCUCUUAUGCUUAUUAGAUAAAAACGGAUCGACUGUGAUUGUUAGUUGUUAUGGAUGAAUAAAGAUAUGCCAAGAAUUUAU